UGGGCUCCUGAACGCGGCAGAAGCAGUCGGCUCGGCUCUCCAUUUCAGUCCGGUCCGCUGUGUUUGUCGCCUCGCCGUCCACUCUGACCUUUUCAGACCAGCUCUGAAGAAAUGGGAAAGCCUUGAUACAACCCCCGGCAUCGGCGAUAGACACCGCUCUUCACCCUUCAGUAGGACCUGAAAGAUUUUUUUCAUACGUCCGCCUGAUCGUCUCCGUGCCGAAAAGAAAAAAACGGUGAAGAGACUACAUGUCCCAGAAACCCCUGUGAGAGCAAGUUACUUCCUCCUUGUCGGCGUUUCCUCUCUCCUUCCGUCCGGUUGGUUGGAUGAGUCCCAAACAGCGACAGGACUUUGAGCAGUGAUUGGGCGCUGAGCCAGACCGGGUAGCCAACGGGAAGCCAGGCUAGCCAUCAUGGCGGACGUGGACCCAGACACCCUGCUGGAGUGGCUGCAGAUGGGUCAGGGCGAUGAGCGCGACAUGCAGCUCAUCGCUCUGGAGCAGCUCUGCAUGCUGCUGCUCAUGUCGGACAACGUCGACCGCUGCUUCGAGACUUGUCCUCCUCGGACGUUCCUCCCAGCACUCUGUAAGAUCUUCCUGGACGAGAGUGCCCCUGAUAACGUGCUGGAGGUCACAGCCAGAGCCAUUACCUACUACCUGGACGUGUCCGCCGAGUGCACCCGGAGGAUCGUGGGAGUGGACGGGGCCAUCAAGGCGCUGUGCAACCGGCUGGUGGUGGUGGAGCUGAACAACAGGACCAGCAGAGACCUCGCCGAGCAGUGUGUCAAGGUGCUGGAGCUGAUCUGUACCCGGGAGUCCGGUGCCGUGUUUGAGGCCGGCGGUCUGAACUGUGUGCUCAGUUUCAUCAGAGACAGCGGUCACCUGGUCCACAAAGACACUCUGCACUCAGCCAUGGCCGUGGUGUCCCGACUCUGCAGCAAGAUGGAGCCUCAGGACUCGUCUCUGGAGACCUGCGUCGAGUCUCUGUCCAGCCUGCUCAAACAUGAAGACCACCAGGUGUCAGAUGGUGCUCUGCGCUGCUUCGCCUCACUGGCCGACAGGUUCACUCGCCGCGGCGUAGACCCUGCCCCUUUAGCCAAGCACGGCCUGACGGAGGAGCUGCUGUCCCGCAUGGCGGCCGCCGGCGGCACAGUGUCAGGCCCUGCUUCUUCCUGCAAGCCUGGCCGGACCUCGACUGGCGCCGCCCCCUCAGCCCCGGACUCCAAGCUGAGCAACCAGGUGUCGACCAUCGUCAGCCUGCUGUCCACGCUGUGCAGGGGCUCACCGCUUGUUACACAUGACCUGUUGCGCUCGGCGCUGCCCGACUCGAUGGAGUCCGCUCUGGGAGGAGACGAGCGCUGCGUGCUGGACACCAUGCGGCUGGUGGACCUCCUGCUGGUGCUUCUGUUCGAGGGGCGCAAGGCGCUGCCCAAAUCCACUGCGGGGUCGACGGGUCGGAUCCCCGGCCUGCGACGCCUCGACAGUUCAGGGGAGAGAUCGCACCGACAGCUCAUCGACUGUAUCCGCAGCAAAGACACAGACGCUCUGAUAGACGCCAUUGACACCGGAGCUUUUGAGGUGAACUUCAUGGACGACGUCGGGCAGACGCUGCUCAACUGGGCUUCAGCUUUUGGCACACAGGAAAUGGUGGAGUUUCUAUGUGAGAGGGGGGCGGAUGUCAACCGAGGUCAGAGGUCAUCCUCACUACACUACGCUGCCUGUUUCGGUCGCCCACAAGUAGCCAAGACUCUGCUGCGCCACGGAGCUAACCCUGACCUGAGAGAUGAGGACGGGAAAACUCCUCUGGACAAGGCCAGGGAGAGAGGACACAGUGAGGUGGUGGCUAUACUGCAGUCCCCCGGAGACUGGAUGUGUCCAGUAAACAAGGGCGACGACAAGAAGAAGAAAGAUGUGAACAAGGAGGAGGAGGAGGGCAGCGAGCCCAAAGGAGACCCAGAAAUGGCUCCGAUCUACCUGAGGAGACUGCUGCCUGUUUUUGCACAAACCUUUCAGCAAACCAUGCUGCCUUCUAUUAGGAAAGCCAGUCUCGCUUUGAUCAGGAAGAUGAUUCACUACAGCAGUGAAGUCCUGCUGAAGGAGGUGUGUGACAGUGAGACAGGACACAACCUCCCAACUGUGCUGGUGGAGAUCACUGCUACUGUCCUCGACCAGGAGGACGACGACGACGGCCACCUCCUGGCUCUGCAGAUCAUCAGAGAUCUGGUGGAUAAAGGCGGAGACGUGUUCCUCGACCAGCUAGCUCGACUGGGAGUCAUCAACAAGGUGUCCACUUUGGCUGGACCGGCAUCCGACGACGAGAAUGAGGACGAAGCCAAACCCGAGAAGGAGGAAGAGGUGCAGGAGGAUGCGAGGGAGAUCCAGCAGGGGAAGCCGUAUCACUGGAAGGACUGGUCCAUCAUCAGAGGGAGGGACUGUCUCUACAUUUGGUCGGAUGCUGCUGCACUCGAGCUCUCCAAUGGCUCCAAUGGCUGGUUCAGGUUCAUCCUGGACGGGAAGCUGGCCACCAUGUACUCCAGCGGGAGUCCAGAGGGAGGGUCGGACAGCUCCGAGUCUCGCAGUGAGUUCUUGGAGAAGCUUCAGCGUGCGAGGAGUCAGGUGAAACCAGUAACAGCCAGUCAGCCCAUCCUGUCCAGUGUGGGUCCCACUAAGCUGACAGUGGGCAACUGGUCUCUGACCUGCCUGAAGGACGGUGAGAUAGCUAUCCACAACUCAGACGGACAGCAGGCCACCAUCCUGAAGGAAGACCUGCCGGGCUUCGUGUUUGAGUCCAACAGAGGAACCAAACACUCCUUCACCGCCGAGACCUCACUGGGUGUGUCUCAACAUUUGCCAGCAGCUCCACGUCUCUUCCUACAGCACAUCAACAUAAACUCAAAAAACUAUGGCUCAGAGUUUGUGACUGGCUGGACGGGGAAGCGAGGCAGAAAGCUGAAGUCAAAGCUGGAGAAGACGAAGCAGAAGGUGAAGAGCAUGGCGAGGGAGCUGUACGACGACCACUUCAAAGCUGUGGAGAGCAUGCCCAGAGGAGUAGUGGUCACCCUUAGGAACAUCUCCACACAGCUGGAGUCUGCCUGGGAGCUGCACACCAACCGACAGUGUAUUGAAGGAGAGAACACGUGGAGGGACCUAAUGAAAACCGCUCUGGAGAACCUCAUCGUAGUCUUGAAGGACGAAAACACAAUUUCUCCGUAUGAGAUGUGCAGCAGUGGCCUGGUCCAGGCUCUGUUCACCGUCCUCAACAAUAGUGUGGAACCGGACCUGAAACAUGAUUGUAAGCCUUUAAUGGAGAGGAUCAAUGUCUUUAAGGCGGCUUUCAGCGAGAAUGAAGACGACGAAAGCCGACCAGCUGUUGCCUUAAUCCGUAAACUGAUAGCUGUCCUGGAGUCAAUAGAACGUCUACCUCUGCACCUGUACGACACUCCAGGUUCCUCAUACAACCUGCAGAUCUUGACAAGAAGAUUGCGGUUCCGUCUGGAGCGGGCGCCCGGCGAGACGGCUCUCAUCGAUCGGACGGGCCGCAUGUUGAAGAUGGAACCACUCGCAACUGUGGAGUCUCUGGAGCAGUACCUGCUGAAGAUGGUGGCGAAGCAGUGGUACGACUUUGAGCGUUCAUCCUUCGUCUUUGUGAGGAAGCUGAGGGAGGGACAGACCUUCACCUUCAGACACCAACACGACUUUGACGAGAAUGGAAUCAUCUACUGGGUCGGAACCAACGCCAAGACGGCCUAUGAGUGGGUAAAUCCCGCCGCUUAUGGCCUGGUGGUGGUGACUUCAUCCGAGGGGCGGAACCUCCCCUACGGGCGGUUGGAGGACAUCCUGAGCCGGGAUAGCUCCGCCCUCAACUGCCACACCAACGACGACAAGAACGCCUGGUUCGCCGUCGACCUCGGCCUCUGGGUCAUUCCCUCAGCUUACACCCUGAGGCACGCCAGGGGUUAUGGCCGCUCUGCGUUGAGGAACUGGGUUUUUCAGGUGUCGAAGGACGGUCAGAACUGGACAACUCUCUACACCCACGUAGACGACUGCAGCCUCAACGAACCGGGGUCGACUGCCACGUGGCCUCUGGACCCGUCCAAAGAGGAGAAGCAGGGGUGGAGACACAUCCGCAUCAAACAGAUGGGGAAGAAUGCCAGCGGUCAGACUCACUACCUGUCGCUGUCCGGACUCGAGCUGUACGGCACCGUCACCGCCGUCUGUGAGGACCAGCUCGGUAAAGCUGUGAAGGAGGCGGAGGCGAACCUUCGCCGCCAGCGGCGCCUGUUUCGCUCCCAGGUGAUGAAGUACAUCGUCCCUGGAGCGAGAGUGGUCCGCGGCAUCGACUGGAAGUGGCGCGACCAGGAUGGCAACCCGGCCGGAGAGGGCACCGUCACCGGAGAGGCUCACAACGGCUGGAUUGAUGUAACCUGGGAUGCUGGCGGCUCUAACUCUUACCGUAUGGGCGCUGAAGGGAAGUUUGACCUCAAGCUUGCUCCAGGGUACGACCCUGAGUCGGCUGCCACAGCGCCGUCACCCAAACCUGUCUCAUCCACUGUUUCAGGCCCCGCCUCCUCCAUGGUGGGACCCUCUGUGACGCCGGUGGCCAGCGGCGGCGGCGGCCCCACCACCACCACUUCCUCCUCGUCCUCCUCCACCUCAUCCUCCUCGCAGCAGCAGUCGUGGAGCAGCCUGGUGAAAAAUAACUGUCCCGACAAGGGCGGGGCCACGUCGCUCGGCGGGGCCAGCUCGUCCAGCAGGAAGGGCAGCAGCAGCUCUGUCUGCAGCGUCGCCUCUUCCUCUGACAUCAGCCUGAGCUCCUCCGUGGGGCUGCCAGCCGCGGGGGGUCUGCGGCUGGAAAGGAGGGCCGAGGGGCUGCUGCUCGACCAGGGCUCCGGGGUGGGAGGAGUAAUGGGGGGCGGGGUCGGCUCUGAUGGACAGCAGCAGGAGCCAAUUGUCGUGCUGUCCUCUGCUGCUGAGGGCGGCUCUGGCUCGGCGUCCAGCUCCGGUACGCUCACCGCCGACACACCUGCCCCUGGCGACGAUGCCAGAAACAAGGACUCAUCUACAGCAGCCACCGACCCGGCAACGGCAAUCUCCAUGGGGCUGGUGAGCGUGAGCUCCCCCGACGUCAGCUCGGUGUCAGAGUCAUCCAGCAAGGACACGCCUUCCCAGCGGCCGAUGUGUUCGGCGGCUAACGCCCGGCUGUCUGUGAGCUCCCUGCUGGCCGCUGGCGCUCCCAUGAGCUCGAGCGCCAGUGUGCCCAACCUGUCGUCACGGGAGGCCAGCCUCAUGGAGUCCUUCGUCCGACGCGCGCCCAACAUGUCACGCACCAACGCCACCAACAACAUGAACCUUAGCCGCAGCAGCAGCGACAACAACACCAACACGCUGGGCAGGAACGUCAUGAGUACUGCCACUUCUCCUCUCAUGGGCGCUCAGAGCUUUCCUAACCUCACCACCACUGGCACCACCUCCACCGUUACCAUGUCAACCUCCAUAGUAACCAGCAGCAAUAACGUAGCCACAGCCACCACAGGUCUGUCGGUGGGCCAGUUGCUAAGCAACACCCUGACGACCAGCCUGACAUCCACGUCCAGCGAGAGCGACACAGGCCAGGAGGCCGAGUUCUCGCUCUAUGACUUCCUGGACAGCUGUCGUGCCAACACACUAUUGGCUGAGCUGGACGACGAGGAGGACCUGCCGGAGCCGGACGACGACGAUGACGAGAAUGAAGACGACAAUCAGGAGGACCAGGAGUACGAGGAGGUCCUGGAGGAGGAGGAGUACGAGACCAAAGGGGGUCGCAGGAGGACGUGGGACGACGACUUCGUCCUGAAGAGACAGUUCUCUGCUCUGGUUCCCGCCUUCGACCCUCGGCCAGGAAGAACAAACGUCCAGCAGACCACCGACCUGGAGAUCCCCCCUCCAGGAACUCCUCGAUCCGAGGUUCAGGAGGAGGUGGAGUGCGCUCCGUCUCCCCACCUCUCUCUCACCCUGAAGGUGGCAGGGUUGGGUACGACCCGGGAGGUGGAGCUCCCUCUGUCCAACUACAAGUCGACCAUCUUCUACUACGUCCAGCGGCUGCUGCAGCUCUCCUGCAACGGAGCCGUGAAGACGGACAAACUGCGACGCAUCUGGGAGCCCACCUACACGAUAAUGUACAGAGAGCUGAAGGACUCUGACAAAGAGAAGGAGAGCGGGAAGAUGGACGUGUGUGAACACAGCAUCAGCAUCGGCGGUCGCUCUGGUGGUCUGAGCCCGAGCUCCGUUUCGGCCAGUCAGAGCAGUGAGAUCUUGGGCAUGGCCAGAGAGGUGGCACAGGCGAAGGCAGGCUGCAGCCAGAACGCCUGCGGGGUGGAGGACGUGCUACAGCUGCUGCGUAUUCUCUACAUCAUUGGAGGAGACGCCGCCUCCAACGCACGCACGCUGCAGGAGGAUUUCGACGAGCUGCAGUUCAAUGCGUCUCCAGAGGAGUUCACCAGUAAGAAGAUCACAACCAAGAUCUUGCAGCAGAUCGAGGAGCCUCUGGCUCUGGCCAGCGGAGCUCUUCCCGACUGGUGUGAACAACUCACCUCCAAGUGUCCUUUCCUCAUCCCCUUUGAGACACGACAGCUCUACUUCACCUGUACAGCGUUUGGAGCCUCCAGGGCGAUCGUGUGGCUCCAGAACCGGCGGGAGGCGACCAUGGAGCGCUCUCGGCCCUCCACCACAGUGAGGCGGGACGACCCCGGAGAGUUCAGGGUGGGUCGUCUCAAACAUGAGCGGGUCAAAGUGCCCAGAGGGGAAGCCAUGAUGGAGUGGGCCGAGUCUGUCAUGCAGCUGCACGCCGACAGGAAGUCUGUGCUGGAGGUGGAGUUUCAGGGUGAGGAGGGAACCGGUCUUGGUCCGACUCUGGAGUUUUACGCUCUGGUGGCUGCAGAGUUUCAGAGAACCUCACUGGGGAUCUGGCUUUGUGACGACGACUUCCCUGACGACGAGUCCCGACAGGUGGAUCUGGGUGGCGGUCUGAAGCCUCCCGGUUUCUACGUGCAGCGUUCCUGCGGUCUGUUCCCGGCUCCAUUCCCUCAGGACAGUGAGGAGCUGGAGCGAAUCACAAAGCUCUUCCACUUCCUGGGCGUCUUCUUGGCCAAGUGCAUCCAGGACAACCGGCUGGUGGACCUGCCCGUCUCUCAGCCCUUCUUCAAGCUGCUCUGCAUGGGAGACAUCAAGUCCAACAUGAGCAAGCUGCUGUACCAGUCUCGCAGCUCGCCGCAGGGUCACGACCCUGAGCGACCCCACCUGCAGCCUUUCCUGCUGCUGUCCGAGGUGCAGUCGGAGGCAUCCACCGAGGAGAGCCAGGAGACGUACUCUGUGGGCAGCUUCGACGAAGACUCCAAGUCAGAGUUCAUCAUGGACCCCCCGAAACCCAAACCGCCCGCCUGGUACCACGGCAUCCUCACCUGGGACGACUUCCAGCUCGUCAACCCUCACAGGGCGAGCUUCCUGAAGGAGGUGAAGGAGCUUGCAGUGAAGAGGAGGCAGAUUCUGUCCAGUAAGAGUCUAUCUGAAGAUGAGAAGAACACCAGACUGCAGGACCUGAUGCUGAGGAACCCACUGGGCUCCGGACCCCCCCUCAGCAUCGAGGACCUUGGGUUGAACUUCCAGUUCUGUCCGUCCUCGAAGGUUCAUGGUUUCUCAGCCGUAGAUCUUAAACCAAACGGAGACGACGAGAUGGUGACUAUGGAGAACGCAGAGGAGUACGUGGAGUUAAUGUUUGACUUGUGUAUGCACACCGGCAUCCAGAAACAGAUGGAGGCCUUCAGAGAGGGCUUUAAUCGAGUCUUUCCGAUGGAGAAGUUGAGCUCGUUCAGCCAUAAGGAGGUUCAGAUGAUCCUCUGUGGCAACCAAUCACCUUCCUGGACUGCUGAUGACAUCAUCAACUACACGGAACCAAAGCUGGGUUACACCAGAGACAGUCCUGGCUUCCUGCGCUUCGUCAGAGUUUUAUGUGGGAUGUCGUCAGACGAGCGGAAAGCGUUCCUUCAGUUCACCACCGGCUGCUCCACGCUGCCCCCCGGAGGCCUCGCCAACCUGCACCCCCGCCUCACCAUUGUCAGAAAGGUGGACGCCACAGACUCCAGUUACCCAUCAGUCAACACGUGCGUUCACUACCUGAAGCUUCCCGAGUAUUCCUCCGAGGACAUCAUGAGAGAGCGUCUGUUAGCCGCCACCAUGGAGAAAGGCUUCCACCUCAACUGACCGCCACCACCACCGCCACACUGAGCAUGCUCCUCGAGUCCGUCUCACCACCCGCCGCGUGAUUGACAGAUCAGCCAGCCAAUCCAAACCAGCCGACUGACUGACCGACCGCCUGCUGGAGGACGAGGAGGAGGAUCGACAACGUUGCAGAAUAAAACAAAAGAAAUGCGCCCAACUUCAACCUUCAUCAACUUCAUCACCCAUCUGAGCUGCUGUGUGCGUGCGUGUGCGUGUGUGCGUGCGUGUGUGUGUGGACCUCCCUCCUCCUCCUCCUGCUGCUGUUUGUCCUCAGUUUAGUGCCUGGUUUGACUCGUAGCUUCUGUUUUCAGUUCCUCUUCUGUCAAACAAUCAUGCUUCUCCUCUUCCCCCCUGUUUUUUGUUUUUAUUUUGUUUUAUUGCUUUUUGUUUCCGUGUGUGUGCGACAGUUUUCCGGGUUGUUUCUGACCGGCUGUAGAGGUCAAAGGUCAGAGUGCAUUUGUUGUUCUUUUACAAUGAAGCUAUAGAGACAAAAACACUGGUCGUGUGCGAGGCACAUCUAAAGAGAAGAAAACAAAUGUAAGAAGCUCUGCUCUCCUUGUAUUUUCUUUGUAUAUUAUAAACAUUUAUUUAACUCAAGUUGCAGUUUGAGGUAAACAGAUAUUUUCAAAUGUGUAUGCUCCAAAAAAAUAAUCAUUAAAAUGUUUGCAAAGUAUGAAGUAAA